AGCGUCUGUACAGUCCAUGGACCGUUCCGGCCUCCAGAACAAUGAAAAAAAGUUGUGAAGAAGACGCGUCUCUCAAGCCGGAAGUACCGAUGGACUCCUGAAUCACGUGGUGCACACGCGCCAAAGGCUCACCCUUAAGAAAUACGCGAUCUUCCUUAUUCUAGCCUUCAACAUCGGUUUUGGUGAGGUUGGGACGCCUGUUUAAGGAGGGCCAUUUUGCACCCCUGCUCCCCAUCAGGUAGCGGUAAUCGCUGUAUCCUCCGUUACACCUACAGUGGCCGUCUUUUCCUUUGGCUAAGACUUCCGCCCAUAUCAAAGAUGGCAGUUAGGCGGCCUUCCUAACCCCUACCGAGCUUGGCGGGUUCUGACGUCCGAGCUGGUGGGGUGGAGCCGUUAAUAAACAGCAAAUGCCGGAGCUACUGCGAGGAAUUCUGCCAUGAACUGGAAAGAAGUGCUUCGCAGGCGGUUAGCGACGCCCAACACCGAUCCGAACAAUCAAAAAAGUGAACAAGAAUUAAAAGAUGAAGAAAUGGAUUUAUUUACCAAAUACUACUCAGAAUGGAAAGGAGGUAGAAAAAACACAAAUGAAUUAUAUAAAACCAUUCCCCGGUUUUAUUAUAGGCUGCCAGCUGAAGAUGAAGUCUUACUACAGAAAUUAAGAGAGGAAUCCAGAGCUGUUUUUCUACAAAGGAAAAGCAGAGAACUCUUAGAUAAUGAAGAAUUACAGAACUUGUGGUUUUUGUUGGACAAACACCAGACACCACCUAUGAUUGGAGAGGAAGCAAUGAUCAAUUAUGAAAAUUUUUUGAAGGUUGGUGAAAAGGCUGGACCAAAGUGCAAGCAAUUUUUCACUGCAAAAGUCUUUGCUAAACUCCUUCAUACAGAUUCAUAUGGAAGAAUUUCCAUCAUGCAGUUCUUUAACUAUGUCAUGCGAAAAGUUUGGCUUCAUCAAACAAGAAUAGGACUAAGUUUAUAUGAUGUUGCUGGGCAAGGGUAUCUUCGGGAAUCUGAUUUAGAAAACUACAUAUUGGAACUUAUCCCUACUUUGCCACAAUUAGAUGGACUGGAAAAAUCCUUUUACUCCUUUUAUGUUUGUACAGCAGUUAGGAAAUUUUUCUUCUUUUUGGACCCUCUAAGAACAGGAAAAAUUAAAAUUCAAGAUAUUUUAGCAUGCAGCUUCCUGGAUGACUUACUGGAGCUAAGGGAUGAGGAACUAUCCAAAGAGAGUCAAGAAACAAAUUGGUUUUCUGCUCCUUCUGCCCUAAGAGUUUAUGGUCAGUAUUUAAAUCUUGAUAAGGAUCACAAUGGUAUGCUCAGUAAAGAAGAACUCUCUCGCUAUGGAACGGCAACCAUGACCAACGUCUUCUUAGAUCGUGUUUUCCAGGAAUGUCUCACUUAUGAUGGAGAAAUGGACUAUAAGACCUACUUGGAUUUUGUUCUUGCAUUAGAAAACAGGAAGGAACCUGCAGCUUUGCAAUAUAUUUUCAAACUGCUUGAUAUUGAGAAUAAGGGAUAUCUCAAUGUCUUUUCCCUUAAUUAUUUCUUUAGGGAUGAAAUUUUUGACAUGGUAAAACCAAAGGAUCCUUUGAAAAUCUCUCUUCAGGAUUUAAUCAACAGUAAUCAAGGAGACACAGUCACGACCAUUCUAAUUGAUCUCAAUGGCUUCUGGACUUAUGAAAACAGAGAAGCCCUUGUUGCAAAUGACAAUGAAAACUCUGCAGAUCUUGAUGACACAUGAUCUCUGAAAAGCUAGACUGUCUUCAUUAAGAUGCUUGAAUGCUGCAUGUGAAACCUUUGAAGCAGAAUUCUUUUAGAAAUGGUUUAAAUAAAAUGUCUCUAAAGAAUGCAGAAAAUGUUUUGGUUCCUGGAAUUUUUUUAUAAUAGCUUGGAAGCAAUAGGACCAAAUACUGCUUUUUAGGAGGUAAGUUCUGGUUUCAUUUAGCUCAGAUAGGGCAAGUGCGAUUUGCUGUAGGUAUAGAGAUGUUGUUUAAAUCUGUAUAAUCUUUAGAGAUAAAGGAAAUUCUCACACAAUUAGAAUAUUUGAGGAUUUCUUUAAAUUAUUGGUC